GGAUGUAUUUUAUUGAAACCCUUUAUUACAUUGGUUCAUGUUAUCCCCUCACCGCCAAGAAGUGAUCAGCUGACAGCUUCUAAGAAUGGUAUCAAUGGAGCUCUUUGUCCCCUGCAACUCCGGCACUUCGUUUUACCGGAUGGCGCCACUUUACCGGCAAGUUUCAUCUCCAAGACGGAGCCUUUACCACUCUAAUUGCCUGAAAUGUCCCCGCAUAACGAGGUCGUGGCUCCGUGCAUCGGUGGGUGUUACCGAUCGAGCUGGCACUCAACCUGCUUCGAUUUCGACGCACAAGGUCAGAGUUCAUGACAGACAACGGGGUGUUGUUCACGAAUUCCUUGUGCCCGAGGACCAGUACAUAUUGCACACUGCUAAAUCCCAGAAUAUUACCCUUCCAUUCGCUUGCAGGCACGGUUGCUGUACUAGCUGUGCUGUACGUGUGAAGUCUGGAGAAAUAGGACAACCUGAAGCACUGGGAAUAUCUGCUGAAUUGAAAUCUAAGGGAUAUGCACUUCUCUGUGUGGGGUUUCCUUCCUCUGAUGUUGAAGUUGAAACACAAGAUGAAGACAAGGUGUAUUGGCUUCAAUUUGGAAGAUAUUUUGCUCGAGGACCUGUAGUAAGUUCUAACUAUAAACUUUACCCAUAUACGCAAUUACUGAUUACAUCUUUUAAUAGUUUCUCAGGAAAGAGAAAAAUGCGUUUAACAUGCUAGCCUUAGGAGUGAGGAACAAUACCUCUUGUUAAAUUGGGGGAAAAAAAGAAGAAGAAGAAGAAAAGAAUCCAUCUGACAUAGAGAAAGAGAUGAUGUUGUGGAAAAUCACCUUUCCUCCAAGAUUAUUGUAUCUUUUGAGUUUAUCUUACUUCUAUAAUGUGUUCAAUGUGGCAGGAAAGGGAUGAUUAUGCUUUGGAGCUAGCUAUGGGUGAUGAAUAAGCUGUUUUAUAGUUUCUAGUUGGAAGUGAGCAUCAAUUGUGUAAACCUUGUGAAUUCCGUAUUUUUUCAUUUGAACCACUUGGCUUGAAUUCUAACUCACACAUGCACAAUGAUUAUUGUUAGUAAACCACCAACUUGGUUGGUGAAUUUGCAAUUGUUCUUGAAAUUGUGCUUCAACCGGAAAAAUUGUGACUUAAUUGGUCCAGCAGAGACCACAUUGCAUUGUGAAAUGUUAAGCCUGAAAGCACAGUUCUCUUGUGACAAACUUGGGGUCCACUCAGCCAAAUGGAUACAUAAGCUUUGGCCACUGAUGGUACAUUUUUUGCAACUUCAUUGGUCCUCAUAGGAGAACAUACCUCUUUGAUACAUGGGUUUAUAAAUGAAAUGAAAUGCCCUUG